AUGGAUCGCGACCAGAGUCUUUCCCAAAGGGAGUUCUCAUCCUUUGCUACACGCCAGAACAGCGUUUCCAGCCAACGGCGCUGGUACGAUAUUUUUGCAAGAUGCACAAAACUUCAGUUCCUCGUUUAUGGUAUGGCUCACCAUCGACAAGACCGUGAAACGCCUUGGCUGCCACCAGAGUAUGAGUCGGUGCGGCCUCUCAUGGACGAUUUUACAAGAUUGCACCAGCUUAUGAACUCUAACCGCAAAGAUCGACCGUUUUCCAUAUGCCAUUCAAUUGGUGUAAAGUCGAGCCUGAACUCCUCACUGACUCGAGCAUUGUUACCAACGCGAACAGUAUGCAACGUGCUUGUUGGUGCCUAUAUCAAGACUUUUGAGUCGGUGCUGCGCAUCUUGCAUGUGCCCUCUUUCAUGGCAGAAUACGAGCGCUUCUGGGAGGCUAUACCGUCAGAAUCUGCGGUAAAUGAGGAGGAGGAGGUGUUGGCAUGCAAAAUUUUACUCAUAGUUUCACUUGGGGCUUGCAUAUGCGUCGGUUCCCAAGGCUCUACCGACGUAGACGAGUUGCCGAGUAACUUUUUUGGCCGCGCGAGCAGUUGGAUUGCGCAUGCACAACACUGGGUGGCACAGAAAAUGGUGACAGGCUUACUUGCAGACAUAGACCUGGCUCAGAUAUCAUGCCUUCUUGCUCUAACUAAACACACACAGCAUAGCUAUGGCCUAGUAUGUCACCCAUGGUAUUAUGACCUGAGUCGACUAGGAAUUUGGCUCGGCUUACACAGGGAACCACGAAUUAGCUUCCCCGAAAUGCCGGUUGGGGAAGCAGAGAUUCGCCGUCGUCUAUGGGCCACCAUGCUUGAGCUAUCGCUAUUGGUAUGUUUCGACAAAGGUUUACCAGCGGCCCUGACUCCAGAUAGCUAUAAUUGCGAGGCUCCGUCUAGUAUCGCAGACGAGGACAUCGAGCUCGGAUUAGUUGCUCAAUGCCUCACUCCAUCAACAGUGCUCGGGUUAUUGACACGAACGCAUCGUAUUCGUAUCCAGAUUUUACAUCUCAUCAAUGCUCCCUGCGUGUCUAAAGCGUACGAUGAGAGUCAUCAACUUGCAACAAAGCUAAAUGCGGCCUGCUGUGCAAAUUUGGACGAGGUACGCGCUUUUAGCAAGCCAGAACCGUCCGAAUUUCAAGUCACCCUCUUAGAGAUGUUUACGCGGCCAUUUGUGCUAGCCCUUCACGCACAGUUUGCUGAAGAGCCUUCCAACAAGUCAGCAUACUACUCGCGCAGGAUGCGGAUGGAAAUCUCAUCCUUGCUCCUUCUGCCAUUCUCUACAUUACCAGUGUCAUCAACGUCCGCACAGCACCCGAUUUCAGUGGAUACAGGGAGCACCGGAGGGGAAAAGCGAACAUCCACUGGCGAGCAAGCCAUACUCGCGGCGCUUCGAAUCCAUGGACAUGGGCAUUUUGCGCUUGUACAGCGUCAAGCAACAGCGUCACUAUGCUUGGAUUUAGUUAGUGAACUUGAGGAGAAUGAGUUCCCGACGCUAGAAAGCGCUUCACGAAACAGGUUACGCGAUGCACUACGAGGCGCUGUAGAUAUAUUCACACGUCGCAUGAAGGUAACAGAAGGCGCGUGUUCAACGCAUGAGUUGGUCUUUUUCACCAGCGCUAAGGCCUAUAUAGGUGCCCUCCAACGCAAAUGCACGCCUGGAGAGGCCUAUAAGGCUAUCACCGAGGCUGCGCGACGAGCUCUAGCUUCAUGCUGCGCAGAAAUGGAGAGAAGAUCAAAUGAUUGUACGCGGUGGAAGAUGUUCGAGGGACUAUUUGGAUUGUAG